AUGGGCGUGAUCGCCAACGUGAAGCUGUUUUACAGACGACGUGUGGUCGACAGAAUUAUCUUCAACAUUGACCAGAGCAGAGCGCUGGGACAGGACCAUGUCCCGGAACUGAAAGUAACGGCGUCAAUGGCUGUUCAGUUUCUGAGUGCAGCGUGGUAUGAGGUGCGGCGCUCCACGAUACGAAACUUCUUUUUGAAAGGAGGUUUCGUUCCGCCCAAUCUCGAAACAAUCAUCAACGAUGAUGACGACGACGCAGACUUUGCUGCCGCCGACACUGAACGCAUGUGGGAACAGGCCAGGAACUCCAACUUGGUAGGGAAAGACACGUCGUUGGACGAGUACCUCCGCGUAGACAAUGACGUCUUGGUGACCGAGCCGGUGACGGAAGAUACAAUUGUCCAGGAAAUACAAUCCCGUGACGCAGAUGAAGACAGCACGUCAGAUGAGGAUGAAACCGCCUCGUCAACGACAACAUGUGGAAGCGCGCUCCUUGCUGUCGACUUCCUCCGAAAUUUAAUUGUGAAACGAGGGCUCCCGGCCCAAUAUUUCGCCCACUUAGACACAGUUGAACGUGACGUUGUUCGCCUUUGCAAUGAGGGCCAAGUGCAAUCGAAAAUAACGACGUAUUUUCAAUAA